GGGAAUGACUCGACUCUCUCAUCCCGAUCUCCAUCCUCUGCCAGAAAUUCCUCGAACUCAUCUAGAGAUUGAAAUUGAAGAUCCCUCCAGUACGGCAAUGAGCAAUUCGGAAUCAGCUAGCCAACAAUCAGUUUCUCCAUCACCCGGUGGUCGGAGCCGCUAUUCACAACCAAAUCUCACAAGUUUCCUUGGUCCAUACACCGAAAGUCGACGAGCAGAUCGACGAUUUCGAAUGUCUCAGCCUACAUUGUGUCCCAGUAAUUUUCCCAUAACUCUCGAUUGUGCAAUUGGAGCGCGACAAUCAUUUUCCAGUUUGCAAGAAGAAGAACGCCUCAAUUCCAAGGAACCAGAACGUGGAUCUCUCAUAAGUCCACGAUUAUCCCGAGUUUCUCGGAGUAACAUCCAAAGUGGAAGAAGAGAACGACUUUCUCAACCAACUUUGGUCACUGGCGAUUACUAUCCUGUCACCAUUUCCCAGCAAAGACUUUCGCAACCGUCUCUAGGAGUUACAGAGCGAGAUCUAGCGUCAUUCCUCCGUUCGCCAACAUUUGCCAAGCAGAAACGAAUUCCAGGUUUCAGUACAUCGCCUCUAGGGACAAUGCAACACAUUUCAAAGCGAGAACGACUGUCACAAUUAGAUUUCGGAUCAGUGGCUCGAUAUCGAGUACAAAAAGACUGGUCCAAUUAUUUGGUUCAAUUUAAUCGUGAUAGAUUUUCCAUUCCCGAGUUGGAGACUAAAAACGAUCUGGCAGCGAUGGCUGGAACUCCAAAACAGAGGUUCAGCUUGGACAGCCAAUUAAAUCCUCCAUCAGGAAGACGCAGAUCAUCACUCUUGCCAAUUGCCAGUUCCCCCAUUGAAAUGUCUAAUCAAAAUAAAUUAUUCGGAGUGCCUCAAAAUCUCAAGGCAAAAAGUCCCACGGUCGAGGGGCUUGAGAACGUUUUGAAGAUAACUACAACUCCGAUUUUACAUCCGUCCGAUAAAAAUGUCAUUCCAUAUCGAAAGAAUUCCACGAAUUUACCAAUCACACCGCCAAUGCUUCUUUUGCCAAAACCACCGCCAAGGGAGAGACUCUCAGUGCCGGAAAUAAGAAGCGCGAGUCUUCGGAGACUCCUCGAUCCACCGAUAUUAAAACAAAGGCACAGCAUCACCGCGUGCACCACAAGGCAAAAUUCACUCUCACUUGCCCUUGGUAAAGUGGCUGACAAGAAUGCCCGAAUGUCAGUUACUGAAGAACACUCUAUUGUUAUCGAAACAUUUGGCAAGAAGGAAAACCGAGGGAGAAAACUUUUACUCGGAAGAAAGGAAAGUGCAGACAAGAAAGAUUUCUUCUCCAAACGUGACAGUACAAAACAAAAUGAAAAUACAGUGAAAGAGGAACCGGUUCACAUUCAACGUCAUUUUGCAUACACCUACGAAACUGAAACGAAAUUCGAGGGCGGUCGAUCAACAACCGGAUUGGCCAAAGUCAAUAAAGUGACAAUACCAAAAAAGAAAUACCUAGAAAGUAAUUUCGAUGAAAAUGAAAAAGUAAUCACAACAGUUAUUGAGACGGAGUGUCCGUUGAUACUCUCCAGUCCAAAGUAUACCAAAAAAACACACGCUUACGCCAGUGAACCACCGAAAUGGAUGAAGAAAUAUUUAACUGGCGACACGUCACCGAAAACUGAUAAAAACUCACCAACAUCAGAUGGAAAAAAAAUAGAUACUAAUUUUACGGAAAAUACAAAGAAAGCUCCACAAUGGCCAAGAAGUACGAGUACAUCUUUAAGAAACAAAAAGGGAACAAAAGCCCCCUACAUCAGAUUGGAGACUGCCGAUAAUUAUGAAAAUUCUCCAACAGUUUGUCAAAUCGUCACUGCAAAUUGGCCUGAGAGUAGCGUCUUAAAGAAUGAGCGUCGCAGUGACGGUGACACGGACACAGAUUCAGAGCCCUCAACUUCAAUAUAAAUAAUAUUUUUGGUAGAUGUGUGCAAAAAGCUCGAGCCGGGCUCGAUACUCGAGCAUUAUAAAUUUUUUAGUUACUCAAAAAUAUUUGAGUGCUCGAAAAAUUCAAGUGCUCAAAAUUAUUUUAGCUUUUAUACUGCACGUGUCGGAUGGAAUUUGGUUCAAGUUCGAAUUGAUUCUGCUCAGCUCUGUUAGAAAAACGAAAAGCUUGAAAAUACUCGAUCGAGCAUUUUGCACAACUCUAAUUUUUGGUCAAUUUGGGCCUACAAACAGGCAGAGACGCUUAAUCUGAAAAUAAAUGUGGUAUAGAGUCUGUAUUAUAUGUCAAAUAAGUAAACUCAUUGUCUUUAAUAUCAUAAAAUGGAUUUGUCUAUCACAGAUGAAAUAUAUUAAUGUUAGUUUUGUCAA